AUGAUUGACGAAAACGGUCGUUCGUUCGCUAUCACUGACACAGAGAUGUCGAGGCCUUAUUGGCUCGUGUCUCUACCGCUGCACGGAUCUAAGGAGAGCACGUGGGGUGCACUACAGGACAACAUCAACAGAUCUCUGUCCGACCUUCCCUAUUAUAAGCUGUACGUGCCUGGUCUGCGUGUGGGCACGCUCGACUCGCUCCUAUCCCUCAGUGACGACCUCGUCAAGGCAAGUGCGCAUGUGGAGGGAGUCGCAAACAAGAUGCGGCGGCAGAUAGAGGAGCUGGAUCGGGUGCAGGGCACCAACUCCGGUGCUCUCUCUGUCGACGGCGUCCCUGUCGACUCCUACAUGACCAACUUUCAGUGGGAUGAAGCCAAGUACCCGGUGACCACGCCUCUAAGGGAGAUGGUGGAAUCGAUUCAGGAGUCAGUCUCCAAGAUAGAGGACGACCUCAAGGUGCGGGCAUCAGAGUACACCACAGUGCGCAGCCAGCUCAGUGCAAUCAACCGCAAGGCUGGUGGCAGCAUGUUGGUGCGGGACCUCUCCACCAUAGUGCAGGACAGCGACAUCAUUGUCUCAGAGCACAUGACGACUCUGCUCGUGGUGGUGGCUAAAUACUCAGAGAGGGACUGGCUCGCCUCCUACGAGACACUCUCCACCUUCGUGGUGCCCCAAUCCUCUAAGAAGAUAACAGAGGACAACGAGUACGCGCUCUUCACAGUGACGCUCUUCAAGCGAGUGGUGGACACGUUUAAGGUGGCCGCCAGAGAGAAGGGCUUUCAGGUGCGAGAGUACGAGCACGACCCUGACGGUGCAAACCAGAGGAAGGAGGAUCAGGAGCGGCUGCUGGAGGACAGUGCUUCCAUGUCCGCGUCCCUGCUGCAGUGGUGCCACGUGGGAUACGGAGAGGUGUUCGCGUCCUGGAUGCACAUUGCUGUCAUUCGCCUCUUCGCUGAGAGCAUCCUUCGCUACGGCCUCCCUCCCGCCUUCCUCCCUGCCCUCAUGACCCCCUCGCAGCGAUCGGAGAAGCGCCUUCGCUCCAUUCUGGAAACACUGAGCAACACAGAUAACAGCGAGCACUGGAGGUCGACGGACAGCGAUGCCAGCCUGGCAGGGCUGACAGGAGGAGACCACGACCUGCAUCCCUAUGUGUCCAUCACCAUGAGCGUUGCACUUUAA